UUUUCCACAUAUAAAUAUCCUUGUUUUAUUCAUUACACCCUUUGACUGAGAUCGCUACGCGGAUGCCCACUCAUCAAUUCCCAUUUCCCCCUCUUUAAUCUCUCUCUCUCACAACCACUCAUCUCUUCCUCUUUAAUUUCUCUGAUAAUUCAAAUAAAAAUGGUGGAUCAAGAAACUGUAUGUUGCAUGUGUGGUGAUAUUGGAUUCGCUGAUAAACUCUUUCAGUGCUCUUCUUGCCGAUUCCGUUUCCAACACUCGUAUUGUAGCAGUUACAACUAUGGAAAUCAUGAUUUCUCAUCAUCGUCAUCAUCAAUGAUGAAAUCAAUGGAGAUAUGUGAUUGGUGUAAAAGCGAAGGAAGAAAUAAUUCAUCAUCAACAAAUACAACUAAAUCUUAUAAGAGAUCAUCAUCCAUGGAUCAUAAUCAUCAUCAUCAUAGUAUUACUAAUAGUACUUCACAAGGAGAUCAGAGAAUCAAGCGACAUCAACUGCAAGAUCAUCACAUAAUCACUAAUAAUACUAAUAAUACGGUUUCUGGUUCUUCAUCUAGAAAUCAUUCUAAUAAGAAUAAUAGUUCUGGUAUUCCGUCUCCUCGUCCUAACGCGCAUCGUCGCUACAAGCUUCUUAAGGAUGUCAUGUGUUGAUCAUCGAUCACUAUUCACUGCCUUUGUAUUCAUCCCUAAACUUAAAUGCGUAUGCUUGUAAGGUUUUACAUAUUUGUUUCGGAAUUAAUGUUACUUUUCCCAUCAUUUAUGAGUGUUUGUCUACUACACAUACGUCUCUUAUGAUAAGUUUUCUACUUCAUCCAUUUCAAUAUACUUGUUCUUAUUAAUCGUAAAUAUUUUAGAAUGAAAAGGAUAAUAUGCACAAUUACUUGUGUUGUUUCUUUUUAUCUACAAGCAAUUUUUAAAACAUAUUUCUCAAAUGUCAAUACAUAUUUGUUUUUAUAUAUAUGGUUAUAUACUUUUAUUUUUUAUAUAUUCUUUAUAUGCAAUUUAAUCUAUUUUUUUAUCAUUUAUAUAUUGAAUCAUGCAUAAGUAAAAUUAUAAAAAGUUAAUAUAAUGAAAAUAUGCGAUUAAAUGAUUCAAACAAGAUCUUAUUUCACUAUAUUUUUGCUUACACAUUCGCCGCAAUAUAUAAAAUAACCUUGAACGACGAAUAAUACCAAAUAUAGCAAAUAUUUUAGAACGGAGGAAUUAUUAGUUAAAAUUUAAAAUUUUAAUCAUUAAAAUUACAUAUUAAUACGAAUCUAACAAGAUUAAAGCUGAUAAAUUACUAAAAGUUAAAAUAGAAAUAGCGUAAAACACAAGGUGCUCUGGAUGAAAAAGUUUGUAAAUAAUCUAUUUAGUCACCAUUUAUAAUACAAGUUUCCUCCUUUUAGUACAAAAUUCUAGAAAUGUGAUGUGUUUGUCAGGAAUGUUGAUUUCAUUUGAAAAUGUGGAUUUGACUCAAAUUUAGUGUUUGACAGUUAAAAAAAUUUUAAAUUUGAAUUUGAGUCAAAUCCACCAAUAUUUUAAAAGUGGUUAAAGAUAAGGUUUUGAGAAUGACUUUCCUAACAUUAUCAUUCCCAAAUUCUUCUUUGAUGAACCGUAUUUGAAAUCUACAAUUUGAAAUGAAAUGCGGGUUCCCAAAUACAACCUUAAAUGAUUUGGUGGUUAUAAAUAGGGAAGAUAAAGCGAGUAAAAUUAUACAGGUUUUAUAUCGUAUUUUCUUUAGUUGGGGUGGAUUUGGAUAUGAAUUUUUGGUGAGUAUAUAGUGGGUUAACAUAGGUAUGAAAAGAUGAUCUAUCCACUAUUGAUAGUGGGUAGAUGGUGGUCAUAGGUCUUACUCGCCCCGUACCCACACACUCAACCCUAUACCCAUUUGCUCCGCCUUAUAGUUGUUUGUCGUGUAUCUACAAUUUCUAUUUUAAAUCAAUUUAAUACUCUAUAUUUUUAUUAAAAGCUAUUGACAAAAAAAUUAAGGAUAUUAAUUUUAUUUUUUUACAUUAUAUAGUUUAAGAAAAUUUAGAUAUAUAAUUAAAUUUGUACAGAUUUAUGGAGUAUCUAACAUAGGUUUAGAGUGAAUAUGAGGCGGGUAUACCUAGUUUGCCAUAGUGGGUACAAAUGAGUUUAAAUGCAUAUCUAAGCAGGCAGACAUAAAUAUGAAAAUUUUACUCGCCAUGGAUACUGGGUAUGAAAAUUUUAGGUGGACUUGUGUGUGGAGAAGGACAUACCGCAUGCACUUGACAAUUUUAUUAGAGCUUGGAAAAUUCCAAGUGUCAGCUUAUUAGAGCUUCGAUAAAUAGAAUAAUGUUAUUGGUUUCUUUUGAUUACAUGACAGUUUAAUUUAGGGAAUAAUAAUAUUGAUUCAAAUAAUAAAAAUUUUAUAAUCAUACAAUAUAAUAAUCAUCAUAGAUAUUUCAUGAUAUACCACUGAGUUUCUUCGAAAUUCACCAUAUACCACAAAAAUGUUUUAAUUCACCAUAUACCAUUGAGUUUACGUCCGUUAGCACAGAAUACCAUUAAUGACAACUGUCGUCUGUGUGCCGUCAACACUUCCUUCCUCUAGGGUUCUCUCCAUUGAAUUCCUCCAUUUCCCCCUCUCUCUCUCUCUCUCCUCAUCGAGAAGGUAUUAAUUUCUUUUUAAUUUCUGAAUUCAUCAUCAAGAAAAUUAAAUUCAAGCUUCAAAUUUUGAAUUUUGAAUUUUCAAAUUUUGAUU